AUGGAGAUGUAUGUGAUAGUCUUGUAUCUAGUCUACAUGUUUCAGAAGGGGCAAUGUGGUUAUUGUCAGAGAUUUGAGACCGAGAUGGUGUUUCACAGUGCAAACAACCGUGGUAUGGUCAACCACACAUUUCAGACGAAGAUGGUAUCUUCGCCAGUGCUGUGCGGUCGAGAUUGCAGUUCGAUACCGCAGUGCACAUCUUUCAACUAUAACAAAAUUGAGGGAUUUUGUGAGCUGAACAAUGCAACAAGAAUGAUUUAUCCAGCUGACUUUGUUGAGAUACAAGGUACUGUAUACUACGAUGAAAACAUGGAUACCGUUGCGUUUUCGCUGUCUGAUUUAGAUAAUAGCAGUUGUAAGAUGCUACACCGGGCUGGACAUCAUAGCAGUGGUAUCCACACCAUUUACCCUUUGGGUAUACCAGCCGGCCUGGAUGUCUACUGCGAUAUGGCGACCGAUGGAGGAGGCUGGGCGGUCUUCCAGCGUCGCAAAGACGGCACUGUUGACUUCUAUCGCGCAUGGGGGGACUACCAGUCCGGCUUCGGUGAUCCCUCGGGUGAGUUCUGGCUCGGGAAUGAUAUCCUGCGUAAAUUAACCGAGUUGUCCCCGGGACGGUGGCAACUUCGGGUGGAUCUCCGCGACUGGGACAACACCGACGUUUUCGCGACUUAUAAUGGGUUCUCCGUUACCGGUGAGGACUAUGUUCUCCAUCUAGACUCCUACGUGGAUCAAGGUGGAGCGGGCGACUCUCUUCUAUCCCACAACGGAAGGAAAUUCUCGACAACGGACCGCGACAAUGACGAGGCUUCGUGGAGUUGUGCGGACGAUUGGCAUGGAGCAUGGUGGUAUGAACAAUGUUUUGCUUCUCACCUUAACGGCGUGUACCUCCCUGGUCCAGAAAAGGUAUACAGGAGAGGCAUAGCAUGGGCAUCUUGGAAAGGACUUGCGUACUCACUAAAGGAAUGCAGCAUGAAAAUACGCGAAAUUGUGUAA